CGCCGCACGCGGUUCCGCAGGUGGCAGCGAUGGCCCAGUCCUGAACUCCCCGCCAUGGCCGGCACCCCCGGCCCGCUGCGCCUCGCGUUCCUGCUGCUCGGGGUGGUGGGCAGGGCCGGCCCCCGCCCCCAGGGUGCCACUGUGUCCCUCUGGGAGACGGUGCAGAAAUGGCGAGAAUACCGACGCGAGUGCCAGCGCUCCCUGACUGAGGACCCACCUCCCACCACAGACUUGUUCUGCAACCGGACCUUCGAUGAAUAUGCCUGCUGGCCAGAUGGGGAGCCCGGCUCCUUCGUGAAUGUCAGCUGCCCCUGGUACCUGCCCUGGGCCAGCAGUGUGCCGCAGGGCCACGUGUACCGGUUCUGCACAGCUGAAGGCCUCUGGCUGCAGAAGGACAACUCCAGCCUGCCCUGGAGGGACUUGUCGGAGUGUGAGGAGUCCAAGCGAGGGGAGAGAAGCUCCCCGGAGGAGCAGCUCCUGUCCCUCUACAUCAUCUACACGGUGGGCUACGCACUCUCCUUCUCUGCUCUGGUUAUCGCCUCUGUGAUCCUCCUUGGCUUCAGACACCUGCACUGCACCCGGAACUACAUCCACCUGAACCUGUUUGCAUCCUUCAUCCUGCGAGCAUUGUCCGUCUUCAUCAAGGACGCAGCCCUCAAGUGGAUGUACAGCACAGCCGCCCAGCAGCACCAGUGGGAUGGGCUCCUCUCCUACCAGGACUCUCUGGGCUGCCGCGUGGUGUUUCUGCUCAUGCAAUACUGUGUGGCGGCCAAUUACUACUGGCUCUUGGUGGAGGGCGUGUACCUGUACACGCUGCUGGCCUUCUCGGUCUUCUCUGAGCAACGAAUCUUCAGGCUCUAUGUGAGCGUAGGCUGGGGUGUUCCCCUGCUGUUUGUUGUCCCCUGGGGCAUUGUCAAGUACCUCUAUGAGGACGAGGGCUGCUGGACCAGGAACUCCAACAUGAACUACUGGCUCAUUAUCCGGCUGCCCAUUCUCUUUGCCAUUGGGGUGAACUUCCUCAUCUUUGUUCGGGUCAUCUGCAUCGUGGUAUCCAAACUGAAGGCCAAUCUCAUGUGCAAGACAGACAUCAAAUGCAGACUUGCCAAGUCCACGCUGACACUCAUCCCCCUGCUGGGGACUCAUGAGGUCAUCUUUGCCUUUGUGAUGGACGAGCAUGCCCGGGGCACCCUGCGCUUCAUCAAGCUGUUCACGGAGCUCUCCUUUACCUCCUUCCAGGGGCUGAUGGUGGCCAUCUUGUACUGCUUUGUCAACAAUGAGGUCCAGCUGGAGUUUCGGAAGAGCUGGGAGCGCUGGCGGCUUGAGCACUUGCACAUCCAGAGGGACAGCAGCAUGAAGCCCCUCAAGUGUCCCACCAGCAGCCUGAGCAGUGGGGCCACGGCGGGCAGCAGCAUGUACACAGCCACUUGCCAGGCCUCCUGCAGCUGAGACUCCAGCGCCUGCCCUCCCUGGGGUCCUUGCUGCAGGCCGGGUGGCCAAUUCAGGUGGGAGAGACACUCCCAGGGACAGGGGAAGGAAGGGACACACACACACACAUACAUCCUGCUUUCCCUCCCCAAACCCAUCAGACAGGUAAAUGGGCAGUGCCUCCUGGGACUAUGGACACAUUUUUUCCUAGGAGAAGCAGCCUCCUAAUUUGAUCACAGUGGCGAGAGGAGAGGAAAAACGAUCGCUGUGAAAAUGAGGAGGAUUUCUUCUCAUGAAGCCACAGGUCCCUGGGGUUCCCCCAGACAGAGCUGCAAAUCAACCCCAGACUCAAACUCAAGGUCAAUGGCUUAUUAGUGAAACUGGGGCUUGCAAGAGGAGGUGGUUCGGAAAGUGGCUCUUUUGACCUCAGCCAAACACGGAGCAGGAGUGACGGGAGUCUCCUCUGCUUGCACCACUUGGGGUCACCACCCUCCCCUGUCUUCUCUCAAAGGGCAGCUGUUUGUAUGUCUGGGUUGCUUAUUUGCCUCGUCUUGCCCCCUCAUCUCACUGCCCAGUUUUCUUUGUUUGGAACAGUGCCAGCAGCCGUUUCUGGAAACGGCUGUAGGUGGUAUUGAGAAUGAGCAUUGAGAAGGUGCCCGCUUCUCCUCCAGGUAUUUGAGUUGUUUUGGUGCCUGCCUCUGCCAUGCCCAGAGAAUCAGGGCAGCCUUGCCACCGGGGAGCCCAGCCCUGGGGUAUGAGCUCCCAAGUCUGUUUUAAAGACGCUCAAGAAUCCUCUGGGUUUCAUCUAGGGACACGUUAGGAAUGUCCAGACUGUGGGUGCAGAUUAUCUGCCACUUCCAGGAGCCCAGAGGGCCAAGAGAGACAUUGCCUCCACCUCUCCUUGGAAAUACAUUAUCUGUGACCACACGCUGUCUCUUGAGUGGGAAUUUGGAUACACUCUCUAGCUUUAGGGGAUGUGACCAUGAAGAGACUCUCUUAGAGAAACCAAUAGUGCCCAUGAUCACCAUGGAGGCAGGCUCCCCCUUUGAAGUUCCCCCACUUGGGAGCUUGUAUAUACUUCCUUCACUUUUCUUUAUUGCUGUGAACAGUCUGUGUGCGCAAAUGGACAAUUCCGAUUUCUCCCAUCUAGUGGAAACGAGCGGAAUCAUGGCUGUUGUGGUGGUGUUUGGGAGAGUGCGGUAGUAAUUGAUUUGACCCACUCACACUUGGCGCUAAUUAAGGUUUGCCCUGCCUGCAGCCUUCCCCACAAAUAAUGAACAGCAGAAAGGCUGGGUGGGGAAACCUACCAAUUCUGUCCCCAGCCACGGUGAGGAAGCCCCAAGCCAUGGUGACACACAGCAGCACUGCAGAUAUCCAGACAGAUAGCCAUCCUAGAGAGGCUGGCAAGGAGUUCGUGGCUGCAAAGGAAGCUUCUAGAGCAAGAGAGAGCUCGCCCUUGGGCGUCAGGACCUCCGGGGAGAGCAGAGGGUUCCCACGGAUUCCUUUAUGAGCCGGUCUCUCCCUCCCUUUUCAAUGGUGGGAACCCUCCCCCAAACCUUACCCCAGACACAUUCUCCUGUGCCCCUCAGAGAGGCAUGUGAUGUGCAAGGAAAAUACUAGGAUAUAAAACACAUCAAGCAGAAAAUUUCUUAUACUUC